AUGGAGCCUACGGAUACUUGAAAUUUGUGAAUCAGUUGGAUUUUGCCUUUCUCGUCUGGCAAUGAAGAAUUGUGGCUUCCUCGUGAUAUUUGGGAAAUAAAGCUUUUUACCCUUGAGUUCACUAGUACUUACUACAAAGGCAUAGUUGAUACCGAUACUAGCUAUGGAGUUUAUCAUAACUGGAAUUUAUUCAAUCAAGUAGGAGUCAUCAAGUCCCAAACCUGCAUACUCCAAAGCUCCGAGACAGCAUUAAGAACUAGGCUGAAGUCUAGAGGAGAGCUAGCGAACCUCCUGGGUAUGUCAGAAUUUUCACCAAAGAUAGCAGCUGAAAGAGCCUUCUACGAAGACUCGUCUCCAGUGAGACGUAAAAAGAGGAAAAGCCCUAAUCUAUAA